UCUGAGCUGGGUUUCAUCUCCUUUUUGAUGUUAAGUAGUUACCUCCAUGAGAACUGACUUCAGGGUACUACUCAUCAAGGAGAGCAGAGGGGUCCCCACGCUGGAGAUGAGGAAGGAUGACAGUUUCUGAGACUUAACUGUUAGUGCUUGGAGGUCCCCCUCACCCAUUCAAAAUGCCUUUUAAAGCAUUUGAUACCUUCAAAGAAAAAAUUCUGAAACCUGGAAAAGAAGGAGUGAAGAAUGCCGUCGGAGAUUCGUUGGGGAUUUUACAAAGAAAAAUCGAUGGGACCAACAAGGAAGAAGAUAACACUGAGUUGAAUGAAGAAGGAAGGUCAGUGCAGACUUCCAGGCGGACACCCCCGCUCUGCAACUGCCACUGCUGUGGCCUCCCCAAGCGUUACAUCAUUGCCAUCAUGAGCGGGCUGGGAUUCUGCAUUUCCUUUGGGAUUCGGUGCAAUCUAGGAGUAGCCAUUGUGGAAAUGGUCAACAACAGCACUGUCUAUGUCGACGGAAAACCAGAAAUUCAGACAGCACAAUUUAACUGGGAUCCAGAGACAGUGGGCCUUAUCCAUGGAUCUUUCUUCUGGGGUUAUAUUGUGACACAAAUUCCAGGUGGUUUCAUUUCAAAUAAGUUUGCUGCUAACAGGGUCUUUGGAGCUGCCAUCUUCUUAACAUCAACCUUGAACAUGUUCAUCCCUUCGGCGGCCAGAGUGCAUUAUGGCUGUGUCAUGUGUGUCAGAAUCUUGCAAGGUCUAGUGGAGGGUGUGACCUACCCAGCCUGCCAUGGGAUGUGGAGUAAGUGGGCACCACCUUUGGAGAGAAGCCGACUGGCUACAACCUCUUUUUGUGGUUCCUAUGCAGGGGCAGUGAUUGCCAUGCCUCUGGCUGGGGUGUUGGUUCAGUACAUUGGAUGGGCCUCUGUCUUUUAUAUUUAUGGAAUGUUUGGGAUUAUUUGGUACACAUUUUGGCUAUUGCAGGCCUAUGAGUGUCCAGCUGCUCACCCAACCAUAUCCAGUGAGGAGAGGACCUACAUAGAGACAAGUAUAGGAGAAGGAGCCAACGUGGUUAGCCUCAGUAAAUUUAACACCCCAUGGAAAAGAUUUUUCACAUCAUUGCCUGUUUAUGCAAUCAUUGUGGCAAAUUUUUGCAGAAGCUGGACUUUUUAUUUGCUGUUAAUAAGUCAGCCUGCUUACUUCGAAGAGGUCUUUGGAUUUGCAAUAAGUAAGGUGGGUCUCCUGUCAGCAGUUCCCCACAUGGUUAUGACCAUCAUUGUGCCUAUUGGAGGACAAUUAGCUGAUUAUUUGAGAAGCAGGAAAAUUUUGACCACAACGGCUGUCAGAAAAAUCAUGAACUGUGGAGGUUUCGGCAUGGAGGCAACCUUGCUCCUGGUGGUUGGCUUUUCCCACACCAAAGGGGUGGCCAUCUCCUUUCUGGUGCUUGCUGUAGGAUUUAGCGGCUUUGCUAUUUCAGGUUUUAACGUCAACCACCUGGACAUUGCCCCCCGCUAUGCCAGCAUUCUCAUGGGGAUCUCAAAUGGAGUGGGGACCCUCUCUGGAAUGGUCUGUCCCCUCAUUGUUGGUGCAAUGACCAAGCACAAGACCCGUGAGGAAUGGCAGAAUGUGUUUCUUAUAGCUGCUCUGGUGCACUACAGUGGUGUGAUCUUCUAUGGAGUCUUUGCUUCAGGGGAGAAACAGGAGUGGGCUGACCCUGAGAAUCUCUCUGAGGAGAAGUGUGGGAUCAUUGACCAAGAUGAAUUAGCCGAGGAGACAGAACUCAACCAUGAGAGUUUUGCAAGUCCCAAAAAGAAGAUGUCUUAUGGUGCCACCACCCAGAAUUGUGAAGUCCAGAAGAAAUGGAGAGGACAGAGGGGAGUGACCCUUGAUGAAGAAGAGCUGACAUCCUACCAGAAUGAAGAGAGAAACUUCUCAGAUUCAGCCUAAAGUCUGAGGGGCACUUCCAUCUUCUCCUUACAUAGAGUCAGAAAGUAUCCAUACCUAUUGCCUUCCCCAUAGCCCGGCUUGCUAGAGGGUCAAAUAUGGUGAUACUGGAGGUUGGCGGGGGGGAGGAAAUCUAAUCAGCAAUAGAGAAAGAAAGGAAAAUAUCUUGCAAUGACAUGUUAGGGUAUGGAGCUCACUCUCAGUUGACAAAAUGGGGAUAAAUAUAUAAUUUUUUGGAUUGGCAGUUGGCUCUUCUCAAAGAAGUGUUCUGAAAGUUCAGUUGAAAGUUCAGUUCUCAAAGUACUGAACUUAUUCAGGAAGGAAUGACUAGAAGAAUAAGGGAGACAGUACCAAGCUGUUCAAAGAAAAACCAAAGGAACUGAGAAUAUUUGGCCUGGAGCAAAGAAAGCAGUAGCUGUCUCUACGUUUCUGAGGGCAGCCAUGCAGAAGAGGGUUUCCUAUUCCCAAUAAAGGCCACUGCUCAUGGAGGUCCUGCAUUGUGCCAGGUGCUUUAUAAACAUUCUCAUUUAAUCCCCACACUGCUACGACGUAUUUCUUGCCUUCAUUUUACAGCUAAGGAAGCUAAAGCAACAAGAUAUUGAUUUGCCCAAGGGCCAGGACUGAGAUUAGUGCGGUCCAAAACAGGUGGCAGUUUUGGGGAAGAAGUUUUCACCUCAGUGUAGAGAAGACUUUUUUUUUAAAUAAUGAAAACUGAAACUUGACAGGGUUGUCUUGGGGAUAAUUCCCUAUUUUGGCAGACAUGGGGGAUGGGAAACAUCUGGUUUGUUGUGAAAGCAUUGCCAUUGUAUGAGGCGCUGGAUUCAAAGAUCCUGACUUUGGAGAGAGGUUAAAACAUAACAAAGAGAAGAAAGGAGAAAGAAAAGAAAAAAAAAAAAGAAAGAAAAGGAAAAAAGCUAAAUAAGAUAGCCAUAUUUUCAGGAAUCUGAUGUCCAGAAUGGCUGAGAGGAAGUAAGCAAAGGGUUGGCUAAAUUUUGACCCUUCAUGGCAUCAAGAAUUUAGUUAAAUAAAUAAUGCCCCAAAUUACUUAUACAUCUUUAAGACAUUCAAUAAUUUAAGAAGUAGGUUCAUGUGUUUUAUUAGGUAAAAUUCUCUUGGAAGAGUCUUCUGUUUUAAAAAAAUGUGUAUCUUUAGCCAUUUCUGCUAGUGAUAUUUGGAAGUUUGAUUAAACUAUGGACAACUAUGGUUGAAGUAUUCCUAAUGAUUGUAUUUGGAAUGUUAUUGGGAAAAACCAAAAUAACAUAAUAGUAAUUAUAUAGGGAAAUGAAAUGAAAGCAUGAAUGAAAGCACCUGUAACAACUAGACCUAUAGCUAAUCUUGAAAAAUUCAUCUUUGAUCACAUAAGGCAAUAACAUGGAUACUCUCUAGAUAUAUUUUAAAAUCUAAUGUUAUUUUAAAAUUUAAAGUUGGCAUGUAAGGUACUGUUUGAAAAUAAAAUUGUUUUCUUGUUCAUUGGUUUUGAAAAUUUUGUUUCUACUUUCAGAAGAAAAAUAGAAUGUCAAAGAAAAAUUAUAGAUUUAGUUGUAGUUUAUUAUAAAGUGUUUUUUGUAAGUUAUACCAUGUACAUUUCUUGUUGCUAGUUGUAUCAGCAGAGUUGCAAAAGGGUAAUUUUGAGAGAAAAAAAGAAUUGUCUGACUCUCUAGUAAAUAAUAUCCUGUAUAUCAUUGGUGUAUAAUUUAUGUUAUCUUAUAUCUUUAAAUCUCUUUAAUGAGUGAAUGCAUGUAAGUCCCAUACAACAGUUCCUGGCAUGUAGAAAGUGCUCAAUAAAUAUUAACUAUUAUCAUCAUUAUCAUCCUGCAACCUUUCUGGGAACUUUUCAGUUGAAAAGAAAGCAUACCAUAUACUUCUCAUCCAUCAGCCAUAGAAUUUGUUGUGAAGGUUGUGUUGUUUUCUAAGUUAAAAAAAGAGA